GGGAGCCUGGCGAGUCGCUGGGGGAGUCGAGCAGACGCCAGGAGCAGCCUGGAGCAUCGGAAGGUGAUCGCGUUAUUCGGACCUGCGGAUCGCAGCCUGUAGAUCGCAGCCGGGGCCUGGAGGAGUGAAAGGAUCCUCUUCCUGAAGGAGGGGGUCAUGGCCUUCUUGUUGCUCACCCGGCGGGUGGCCUGCAGCUCCCAGAAAAACCUCUGUCUCUUCACAUGUGGAUCCAGAUACAUCAGUCAAGCUGCUGCCAAGGUUGACAUUGAAUUUGACUAUGAUGGGCCACUGAUGAAGACAGAAGUCCCAGGGCCUAGAUCUCAGGAAUUAAUGAAACAGCUGAACACAAUCCAGAAUGCAGAGGCUGUGCACUUUUUCUGCAACUAUGAAGAAAGCCGAGGCAACUACCUAGUAGAUGUGGAUGGCAACCGCAUGUUGGACCUGUAUUCUCAGAUCUCCUCUGUCCCCAUAGGUUACAACCAUCCGGCUCUGGCGAAACUCAUCCAGCAGCCUCAGAAUGUGAGCACUUUCAUCAACAGACCUGCCUUGGGCAUCCUGCCUCCAGAGAACUUUGUAGACAAGCUCCGGGAGUCCUUGAUGUCGGUGGCACCCAAAGGCAUGUCCCAGCUCAUCACCAUGGCCUGUGGCUCCUGCUCCAAUGAGAACGCAUUCAAGACCAUCUUCAUGUGGUACCGGAGUAAGGAACGAGGGCCAAGAGGUUUCUCGAAAGAGGAGCUGGAGACCUGCAUGGUUAACCAGAGUCCUGGAUGUCCCGACUACAGCAUCCUCUCCUUCAUGGGUGCUUUCCACGGGAGAACUAUGGGAUGCUUAGCGACCACACACUCCAAAGCAAUUCACAAGAUUGACAUCCCUUCCUUUGACUGGCCCAUUGCUCCGUUCCCACGGCUGAAAUACCCCCUGGAGGAGUUUGUGAAGGACAACCAGCAAGAGGAGGCCCGCUGCCUAGAAGAGGUAGAAGAUCUGAUUGUGAAAUAUCGGAAAAAGAAGAGAACAGUGGCUGGGAUCAUCGUGGAGCCCAUCCAGUCUGAGGGCGGAGACAACCACGCAUCAGAUGACUUCUUCCGGAAGCUGAGAGACAUCGCCCGGAAGCAUGGCUGUGCCUUCUUGGUGGAUGAAGUUCAGACUGGUGGGGGCUGUACGGGCAAGUUCUGGGCCCAUGAGCACUGGGGCUUGGACGACCCAGCCGAUGUAAUGUCCUUCAGCAAGAAGAUGAUGACUGGGGGCUUCUUCCACAAGGAGGAGUUCCGGCCAAGUGCUCCUUACCGCAUCUUCAACACCUGGCUGGGAGACCCAUCCAAGAACUUGCUGCUGGCUGAGGUCAUCAAUAUCAUCAAGCGGGAGGACCUGCUCACCAACGUGGCCCAUGCCGGGAAGACCCUGCUCACGGGGCUGCUGGACCUCCAGGCCCGGUACCCCCAGUUCGUCAGCAGAGUGAGAGGACGGGGCACCUUUUGUUCCUUCGACACACCGGAUGAAACCAUAAGGAAUAAACUCAUUCUAAUUGCCAGGAACAAAGGUGUGGUACUGGGGGGCUGCGGUGACAAAUCUAUCCGUUUCCGUCCCACGCUGGUCUUCAGAGAUCACCACGCUCACCUGUUCCUCAAUAUUUUCAGUGACAUCUUAGCAGACUUCAAGUAAAGAAGCCAUUCCCGUGACAUUCAGAGAAUGCCUGGACUCGGUGGUGUCAACUUGAUUAGUUUGCCUAAUUCAUAUUUUCACUUAAAAGUUUAUCAGAGGCGAAUGCGUAAACUGAUGGGUCAUUUGUGGGGCGGGCUCAUUGUUCAGUGGGUUGUGGAGGAGCAGUGGGGGAGAGGAGCUGGAUUUGAGUUUCCUCCCUUCAGAACUCAUGGUGCCAAUUGGUUAAAGCCCUUAAGUUCUGUGUAAGCCUUGCACACUGUCUUAGGAAAGGCCUUGAGGCCGUAUUUCUGCCAACGAUGGACCAACCAGUUUCUUAGAAGCCACUCAAGGCCAUUACACCUGUACUGAGGCAGACGGGCAGGACCCCUGGGUCUCUGUCCUUCUCAAGUACCCUGUCUUGGGAUCAGAGACGCUGGUGUUCUCUUGUCCUUCACAAAUGAACUUUCCUUGCUUCUCACCAAAUCUCUAGCUCCAUGCCCCGCUCAUGACUUAGUGAGGGUCUGGAUGGCUCUCAGGAAAUGACAAAGUAAGGAGGUAAGAAGUGUGUUUGGGGGAGAGGAGGGGUUUCUGGUACCCUGAACACCAAGAUCCACCCAGCCCUGUGCCCAGUGAUGUCCAUGGCCUGCAAAUUCUAUCCUUGACUGACCUGUGCUCCUAGAGGAUCUCUGAGUGGUGGGACCAGCGGUGGUUCUCCACCCUGUGUCAGUUUGGACCCUAGGGAAGGAAACUACAUCCUGAGCACCCAGGGGUCACAAGGGAGCUGCCUCUGGAGCCCAAGCUGCGGAGCACGGGCAAUAGAGCCCCUUCAUCUCAUCGCCAGGGCCUCUGACCUGUGACCCCUCAUCUGGGGAACUCCGUAAUCUGGCUUUCGCUCAUCCACCUUCCCUCCUGUCCUGAGCAGGGCUGUUCCAUGCAGGGUCCACUGCUAGACUUCUUAUUAAAGGUAAUGUGUUGUUAUAAAGACAUAAGAAUACCACACGUGGAAAGCAGCUUGCUGGUUCAUGAUGGUGUUCUUGGACUGCCCCCCACCUCCACCAGAGUCUAGGCCUUUUCUGAGUGUGGCUUCCCCUCAGCCAGCAGCCAGUGCUUAUGCAGGCUCCAGCACCUCAGCUGGAGGCAUGAUGUUCUUAGAACUGACUUGACCUGAGAGGCUCCUGAGCAGAGCCCUCAUCCUUCAGAGAGGCAGUGUUUAAUGGGGUAGACUGAAGAGGGCUGCUUUGUCUUCUUCCAAAGUUCGCUUUGCAUCCUGGUGCCCUUGUUGACUGUCUGGAGAGAUAGGUAUACCAAGGUUCCCAGUUCAGCCUUUUGCUCUUGAGUCAUCCAAAGAUCCAGCUUCUAUGCUUCCUUAGGCAUGGUCAUCAAUUUACUUGCCUUGAACAUGAAAGGCACUGACAUGCUUAAUAGAAACAGCAGAUCCCUGAAUCCCAUCCACCUCACAGCCCUGCGGUCUGAGACUGAGCCUCCUCUUUUCAUAGCCAUGUGUAAGAUCAUUUCUCCAACCGUUUAAGUGACGGGGUCUGCCUUCCUCCCUCCCUCCCUCCCAGUAAGGUUUCGUUCACCAGUAUGUUUAUUUCCACAUUAAUAACUUAGUCACUCACCCACCUUUCAUGAAAUAUUUGUGCUGUUCCAGGCCCUGUUCUAAGCACCAGGAACACAAACAUGAAAUGAGAUGUAGUCCCGCUCCCAGGGACACCCACUCCCUCGGGGAGCACAGACCCUUAGUGCUGAAGUCAGAGCAGCAAGUGCUCCAGCAAGGGGUUCUGGGUGUUCGUAAGUCAAGGACCCUUUAAGGGGUAAUGGGGGUUUGAGCAAAAUUCUCCAGAAUGAGAAGUUAGUCAAGCACAGACAAAGCAAGGAAAAGCGAAGAAUGGGAAAGAAAGCAUGUGCAGAGGGGCAUUUGUUCACAGCCUCAGCCCCUUCCCAGGAAACAGACCUCACCCAGGAGAAAGGCCCCGCCCAGGAGAAAGGCCCCGCCCAGGAAACAGGGCCCGCCCAGGAGCCAGACCCCGCCCAGGAGCCAGACCCCACCCAGAAUAUCCCAAAGUUCAAGGUCUGAUUUAACAAACAAGUGCAGGCCAAACCCCAGUUCAUCUAUUAGUUUAAGCAUGCUUCCUCCUGAGAACCAUAGCAACACGUGCAGAUUCAGUCAGGUCCUUGGCAUUCAAAGGGUUUUAAGCGAGGACACAAGUGGGAAUCACUCUCUUUGGAGGAGGGAGUGGCUGCUGUUGCCUUUCUUGCCCAGGGUGUGUUGACAAAGAUUGAAACUGUUUCUUCUAGAAAGUCCAGAUGUAGCUAUCCUUCACCCCUUCCUUGCCUGGGAGCUCUUCUUCUCAUUUUAAACAAACAAAAUUAAGUUCUUGACUCGGGCACAAAGUUCCUGAGAUGUCAUCUUUGGAGGUUAGCUCGACCAAUUCCAAGGAAAAGGAUUUUCCACAAAACUCAAGAUGGUAGAAACUUAGAAACGGUUGGUGAAAACCCAGGAAGCCUGGUGGGCAGGCUUCUGCCUAGGGCAGUACCCACAAAGAGGCGCUUCUGUGCAGGUCUGGAUGUAUACCCAUCAUGCAUUAGUAUAGUCAAGUUUGGUAAACGUCUCUAGCCAGUCCUGUCAAUUUUGCAGAAAACAAGGCCCAGUACUAGCAAGUCUUAGCACAUCCUCCCUUUUUAUUAUAAUUUUUUAUAAUUUUUACUGAUGCUCAGUAACCAUGCAAAAUUGUGCACAUUAAUGUACUAGUUACUAGAUCUGUACCUAUCUAUCUAUACACACACAUAUAUAUAUAUAUCAGCUCACUGUAGGAAACCACAACUAGUGAGUAUCGCAGACUCACAAAGACCAAGUGAUCUUGUUUACAGUAAUUGUUCGACAGUGCCAAUAAGUGAUGAGGAAACUAACAUGUCACGGUGUAACUGGUGACCAUGUGCACAAUUCCAUGAAUUAAACCUGUGUCCUGUGUUAAUCAGUAUUCUUAAAUUAAAAGAAAAUGUUUAUAAUGGAAA